UUCAGCGUUACGUACUCCUGUUUAAUGAAGGAAGAGAACUUGUGAGGAAGAAGACAAGUGAGAGAGGGCUUAAUCCAGGUCAGAUCAGGCAGCUCUUGGCAGGCCCACAAGAUCCUCAGGCCCUUCAACGCUUGAUGAAAAGGAUUUCAUCGCCAUCAAAAGUUGAACCAAACAUCCCAAGCAGAGAUGACAGAGAGCUGGUGGCCUGUUUAGAGGAAUACGAGUCGGUCGCUUCAACCUGGUUAAGGUUCCAAUCAACCUUUAUCAAGUGCAGUGGACUCCACACCAAAUCUAUGUACAGUUUCAAGACAACUUUUCCAAGGCAAAGAGGUAACCAUGGCUCCCCCUGAUUCUAAUGUCCUCCAGACCUCAACUGUAACACGUCCAGUUUCCCAAAGUAGAGAGAUGCCCCUGGCUCCUCCUUUGAAAACAUCAACAGUUACACGUCCAGUUUCCCAAAGUAGAGAGAUGCCCCUGGCUCCUCCUUUGAAAACAUCAACAGUUACACGUCCAGUUUCCCAAAGUAGAGAGAUGCCCCUGGCUCCUCCUUUGAAAACAUCAACAGUUACACGUCCAGUUUCCCAAAGUAGAGAGAUGCCCCUGGCUCCUCCUUUGAAAACAUCAACAGUUACACGUCCAGUUUCCCAAAGUAGAGAGAUGCCCCUGGCUCCUCCUUUGAAAACAUCAACAGUUACACGUCCAGUUUCCCAAAGUAGAGAGAUGCCCCUGGCUCCUCCUUUGAAAACAUCAACAGUUACACGUCCAGUUUCCCAAAGUAGAGAGAUGCCCCUGGCUCCUCCUUUGAAAACAUCAACAGUUACACGUCCAGCUCAUGCCCAGGCUGUACAUUUUGAAGAGCUGUCUCCUGCUCCAACUGUACAGUUAGCGCCUUUCCAGGAAGCAUCCCCUGUGACAUCUAGUCCUGUUGAUGAGCUGUUGGUGGAGCCACCUGUUCAAGUUCCCAGCACAUCUCAGCCAACAUUACUUACAUCCACAUCAGUUGAACCUGUUUUGUAUGAAAAAUGGAGGACGACUCUACCCAAAGUUGAUCACCAAUGGGUGUCGAGGACAUUUUUUUGUCUCAACUCGAACAACAAGAUGGAGUUCAAAUCCGACAGGGUUUCACAACUUUGGAACGACCCACCACAGCCAAGUCUGUCAGGCAACACCAGGAGCCGAGCAGACCGGUAUUUUGGUCACCGGCUUUUCCUGUGGAUGCCUGUUAACAUUUGGGGUGUCCAGUUGCACUGCCCACACGUAUCUGAGGACAGCAUCAUCUGUGAUGGAAUAUUAACACGUGCAGGGAUGCAUCAAAAGACCAGACUUGUUGUUGAUGUUGACUGUUUUUAUAACAUGGGAGCAGAGUACCUGCGCUGCUCUAAAUGUUGUAAAAAGAUGGUUGCCUGGGCACACAACAUUGUGUCACAGCUGGACAGAGACAGACAACUAUUGUUUCCUGCAAUCCUGACUGCAAAGUAUUCUUGCGACAAGAAGGUGGUGACUUUGUUACGUCAGAGAGGACUAGGGAACAGCAGCAGUAUGGUGCAGAAACAGCUGGAGGAAUUACAUGGUGAAAUGUACCUGCGCAAGGUUCACCAUUACCUUACAGCAUGUAAAACCUUCAUGGCCGCCAGCUCUUCAGGACUGAUAUCAACAGGAGUCACUGAAGAGCCUCCACACCAAGCUCCUGUGCCACAACACAGAUGGCUGAUGAAAGUCUACCAGCUAGAUGUUCUCCAGCGUCUGGAUUUCAUCAAGGCCUCCAUCACCUCUUUGUUUGGUAGUGUACUGAAGCUAGACUCGACCAAGAAGAUCACCAAAAAGUUGGCGGGAAAGAGUUCAAAGACUGCAAUGUGGGCUACCAAUGUGGGUAAUGAGCACGGUCAAGUGAUCAUGUCCGUCUUGACUGCUAACGAGGGUCAGGGCCUUGCGAACAUGAUAACUGGACUAUGUCAACGGUACAUUGAGGCCAAAAUUGAUCCACCACGUCUGCUGUACGUCGACAGAGAUUGCUGUGACAGCAGCUGUGUCCUGAAGUACUUCAGCAACUGGCCAUAUCUCCUUGUGAGGUUGGACAUCUGGCACUUCAUGCGGAGAUUGUCUGUUGGCUGCACAACUGAUGCCCAUCCUUUGUAUGGCAUCUUCAUGAGUCGUCUGAGCCACUGUAUCUUCAGAUGGGAGGAGGAAGAUGUAAAUCUUCUGAAGAAAGCGAAGAGAGCAGUGAUGACUCAGCAACACAUACCUGAUCCAUCGGAGGCAGACGUUGUGCGCCACAUCAAGUCUGACGAGCUGGCCUUACACUGUCGUAGGGUGACCAGAGGGACAAAGGAAACCACUGAGCUGAUCAGCGCCCUUAUCAUGUCCAUGGAUGGUGACAAGGGACUAGACAUCCUUGGAGUACCUUUGUUUGACAGUGUCAGGAUGCAGGAAAUUUGGGCUAAGCAGUCGCCGCAUGUAGCUUGUCUCCAGGAUCCUGAUGGUGUUCAGCUGUACACCAAAGUUGGCACUGUCAGGAAAGGUGGUGUGCUGUUGCCCAAGUACCGUUGUGCCAGAGGUUCCACUUCACUGGAGAGUUUUCAUCUUCACCUGAACAGGUUUAUUCCAGGUACUCUUGCAAGCGACGUAAACUUCCAGGUUUACAUGCUGGAUGGCAUUUAUCGCUGGAACCAGGACAGACACAGAGUGGCAACAACUGAGCGGGAAGGGCAAGGGCCGCUGUCAUAUGAUGGUAGUUUGCGCCACUCUGUUAACCGUCUAUCACAGGAAAUCCUGGGGAAAGACUUGAGUGCAAACUUGGCAGUACCUGGAACGUACACAGGUGAACUCAUCGGCUUGGAAUAUUUAUAUUCUCAGUCAACUGGUGUCCCUGUGCAAUACCUGGCGACAGUCAAAUCCAUUGAGGAGGAUACCAUGGAGGAUGAGGAGUCUCGUGAGGAGGAUGAAGGGUUUGAGGAAUCCUUGGUCUUUGAGGAUCUGACCAUCCCUUCAUUGAAGGCAGCAGCACCUCAAACAGCAACUCCUACCAAGCCCCUCUUGGAGAUCCCAACAGAAGAGGAGUACCAGGAGCUAGUGAGAGAUACACAACACACCGAACUCCAGCUGAACGUGACACCAACUACUGAACAGUCUGAGCCUCGUCAAGAGUUGUCUCCUGUCACUAGUGCAGAAACUGUCCCCGAUGAUAAUGACCUUGAUCCUGAUAACGUGCCUGGCUACUCCCAUGUCUGCAACCUGGCCAGUUUCCUGGUGACCCUGAGAGAGCAGGCCACUGGCCUCAGUACAAACCAGGCACUCAAUGUCAUCAGGCUGUGGGAUUCUUUGUCAGACUUUGACAAAACCAGGACACGGUUUCCCCAAAGGUUCUCGUCAGCUGGGUCAGGACGCUUCAAAAGCCCGAAGAAAAAUGUGGCGCUAGGAGUGACCAGUAUAGAAAGAGCUGUCCUUGGGCCAAACUCCACCAGAGCAAACUGGCCAGAUUGCAACAGGUAUGUGGAGGCUACUGUGGAGAAGUUGUUGCUCUGCUACCCAAGUGACAGGCGUAUCAAGAAUGCUCCAUUCAUGUCACGAUGGACACUAAUCAAGGAAGGCUAUUCCAGGAUCCAGUUCCUGAUUACAUCCAGCAGAAGGGUCCUGGAUAGCACUGAUAUUCAGCUUCCGAGUCUCAACCAGAAGACUAUUCAACAGUGGUACAACAAAAAGGGGAAGGAGAGGGAUCUCAAGAUCCUAAUGCAAGGCAUUGAUCUUCCAUCAGCUUCUAUGACUGGACAAGGAGCACCAGCACCAAAACCGAAGCCAGUGUCUUUGCAGUCUGGACAGACUCCUCCCUUCCGGUUUCAGUGUCCACCUGAUACUGCUGGCAUGGCCAAGCUAAAGAAAAGGAUUGUAAAAGCGCCAUUAACACCAGCUUUGCUACGGCCAAUCCUCCCUAUGCCUUCUUCACCUGCCUCUGCACCUGUACAGUUCCAAGUGAUAGUGACACCACCACUGCCCACAUCAAUGGUACCAACUGUACAGCCAGGACAGAAGAGGAAAGCUGUGGAUGCAGGGAUGGCCAAGAAAAGAAAGACCGCAACUGUCAAGUGCCCUAAGUGUGGAGAAGAGAGAACACCUCCCACUCACCAACAAUACAUGGGCUUCAGAUACUGUGGGAAGACAGGGACAAGUUCCUUUGAUGAAUGGAGGGCAAGUUUGAAAGAAAAGGGUGUUGCCAGGAAAAAGAAAGAUCCGCAGUAG